AAAGUUUAUGAUGCAAUUAAGGAAGAGGGAAACAAAGAAAUCGGUAAAAUAAUAGUAGAUUGUAAUAGAAGGAAGGAGUGAACGACUUAUCCUCAUAUGUGCGCGCAAAGCUGUUGUUAAUAAGUGACGCGUGUGCGGCAGCUGGUUUUACGUUUUUUGCCUUACACCCGAUUCUCGGGGUUCGAGCGACGAAAGAUCGACCUAAGCACCCCCUUCUCUGCUAUUUUCCCUGUUUCUGUCUCUUGCCUGAGUUCUCUUGUACUCGAUUUGGAAUAUUUUUUAACAGAUUUUCAUAGAGACACGCGACAUGCAAUAGAAUCAGUCAAUGAGAUCAAAUGGAUCAAAUCCUAUCGAUCAAAAGGCAAGUACGUUAAACAACAAAUGACAUAAUAUUGAAGCAGUUCAUCAGCCCUGAAGACAAUUCAUCGGACAUAAUCGUUCCAAGAAUCUAGGAAUGGGUAAAAAAAACUCCCAUAGAAGAUGAAUUCGAACGGGCAGCCAAGAAAAAGAGAGACGACAGACGCACAUGCAGAUGUUUCGCGCCACCCUGAAACCGAUGAGGCUGAGGCAAGUGCACAGAAAUGCACACAAGUGUCGGAGGAUCUUCUCCUCCUUCUUCUCCUUCACCUCUUCUUUUCUGUUCCGUGUAUCUCGAGAGGAACGAAGCACAGCCACGCGAGUGGGCGGCGCGUACCCUUCUCGAAAGCUUCUUCCCUUGCUGUUCAAACAGGGGUAGAGGGGAUUUUCUGUAUCGUUUGCUGGAAGAACAUUACGAUGUCUUGUCUUAGUUGAUAGUCGUCGAGAAGACGCGGGAACGAAUGUAUGCAGUCGAGGUAUAUCCAGGGUCAGUUCUGAGCAACGUGUCUAACCAUUUAUUCGGCCACCCUGCAUCCACUUCGUUUUUCCUCGCGCGAUCUUGAUCGCGCAAGUACACGUGACGCGUGAACCUUGAUAAGUGAUAAGCUUAUCAUAUUGAAAGAGUUAUUGAGAAUCUGUCGAAGAGAAGAGAUUUUCUGCGACUCAGUGCUUGUGGAGUUUAUUUGGCCAGCUUAAAAGUUGAAUUUUGUAAGUGGACAGUGAAGGAUCAAUUAGGUGGAUGUUGAUGUUGCUGCAAUAUGGUGAUUUUAUCAGUCAGUUGGUGAAUUUAUAUUGAUGAAUUUUGUCGAUAUUGAUGAUCAAUUAAGUAAAAGAAUUAAUAAUAAGUAAAAAUAUUACAAACAGAAUAUAAAACGAAAAAUAAAUAUUGUGACAAGCAUUGUUAAUUAAUUGUGAUUAUAAUGAAAUCUCGAAGUUGAAUAAUUGAAAUUAAUUCUAAUAAAAAAGUUGAAAAUAAUAAAAAAUCGAUUAUAAGUUUCAUGAAUUGAAAAUAUAUUUUAUUAAUCUGUAAACACAUUUCAUUCAUAAAUUCAAUAAUAUAGCAUAGGAUUCUGGAAUUCCAUAAAUUCUUUCAAUACUAUUUUACUCACGUGCUGUUCCCGAUUAUUCGAGCUAUUAUCGCUUCAUAUCAUGCAUGACGAAUUGCAACAUCUCGAAUCAUGUUUUUGACGUCUCCGUAAUUUUCCAUUCAAUCUUCUCGCCAACUUACCGUACACAAUUUUAUUGCACCAAGAUGCAUCUUGAAGACUAUCACGUGAGUAGAAGCGAAGAGGACGUGCAACGAACAAUUUCCAAAAGUAUCAAACAAGAAGACUUCAACACUUUACACUUAGCACCUAUCACUUCCGUAAACACAAGUAAUCAACAACCCUGUUGGAUCACUUCUCACGCAGACAACAUUUCAUCUCCUAUUCUACCUAAUAAUUCCAGUCCUAAAGAAUGUACAGACUGGGACCAGCUCACUACCGUUUUCCAAUAUCCCUGUCAGCCAUAUUCAUCUAUAGACAGGUCACCAGAAAGUACCAGUAACGAAGCCACUACACCAACGUGGAAUAACGCCAUUCAUAAUGAAAUAUCUGACUGUUCCAAUGGACAAAGACUGCCCUCGGUUGGUUCUGCAUUUUCUUUCUCAAGAACCUUCUGCAAUACCGUUUAUCCAGAAUAUCAAGGUUAUCAAGAUUAUCAGGAGUAUCAGGAUGACGUAUCAGUAUCUUUGCCGCUUAUUCUUCACAAUCAAACUGAGGAUCAAGGACUCAGUGGAUCCAUGCAAGCAAUUACAGAUGAAUUUGAUCUUAGUUUAAUUAGGGGUGAUCCUACAUCACUCUUGUGUACCAAUGUAGAGUCUCCUUCUUCACCCUCAUCUACGUAUUUAGAAGAACUUCAAGAUCCAUUUUCUAACUUGAAUGGAUCUUGUUACGCGGUUGGACAUUUAGUCUCUGGACAACAGGCCUCGGUUUCCACGAUGAAUUUUGUUAAUGAUACUGGAUUGAAUGAUGGAUUUGGAAAUCAAAUUGUUUUGCCUAGAAACGAAGGUUUAUUAUUGACUGACAGGAGAGUGCCAGUGUCCAAGACCGCGCAAGAUAUAGAAAAACGAAACAAAUCUUUCGAUAGUUCAACAACCGACGAAAAUUUGACGUCGACGUAUCAGUGCCGAUGGAUAGAUUGCGGUUGCGCCUUUGCCGAACAAGAAGGACUAGUUCGUCAUAUUGAGAGAAGGCACGUAGAAUCUUCGUCAUCGAAUUCUCAUGGACACGGGAGACGAGUCCAAAGGGAUAGGGACAAGGAUAAAGAUAAAGAAGGGGAAACUUACGCGGGUUCGGGAAGUGGACAGGAUGAAUUUGCUUGUUUGUGGCAAGGAUGUCCUCGUGCUCGACCUUUUAAUGCGAGAUACAAGCUGUUGAUCCAUAUGAGGGUUCAUAGUGGAGAAAAACCGAAUAAAUGUCCGUUCACUGGGUGCAAGAAGGCAUUUUCACGAUUAGAAAAUCUAAAAAUUCACCAAAGAUCUCACACGGGAGAAAGACCAUAUGCUUGUCAGCAUCGUGGUUGUUCCAAAGCAUUUAGUAAUAGUAGUGAUCGUGCGAAACAUCAGAGAACUCAUUAUGACACAAAACCAUAUGCGUGUCAAGUAACCGGAUGUGGAAAAAGGUAUACAGAUCCGUCCAGUUUGAGAAAACAUGUGAAGAAUCACUCAGAGCCACCGAUUUCAUUGUCUAAUCCUUCAUUAACGCCAGAUAGCAAAAGUUCUGGUAAUAUAAUUAGUAAUAGUAACUUACGGCAUGAUUCAAUUUCUACGAGUUCGAAGCAGCAACAGCAACAGAUCGGCUAUACAGGAGAAUCGAAUUAUCGAACGUAUAAGACUUCGGAGUCUUAUGCGGACGAGGACGUAGAUCUAUUCCAGACGAAUCUGUGUCAGGUCGAUAGGAUUUCCAUGAACCUUGACAGCAAUCAAGAAUAUGUCCCUAUCGAUUCUGUGAAACGCUUUCUCAUCGACGACGUCAGUGUAUCGCACGUGGAUGGUACAGGAUAUCAAAUCGAGGAUGAAGUUCCUGACUUUCAAGAGCUUGGUUCAGAUAUUGAACAGCAGUUUUUCGAAUUAAGUAGUCUGGAUGAUGCGGUUUUCAUUGAUGGCUGAGAAAAAUGUUUAGAAGAAAGAGAUUCGAGAUGUUUUCAUAGUGAAUGCCAAUAUUUCCAAAGACUUUUUUCAUUUUUUUUUGUACUCGAUUUUUAUACGCUAAUUAGAUUACUUGAUAAAUAUAUUUUUGUACAUAGACGAUUGUAUAUAUUAUGAUUAAAUACAUGAUUUUGAUUA